AUGCAAAUGGGCCAUUCCGACCCGUUGGCCGCCUACCCAUGCUCCUCACGCUUGGAGGCUCUGCCCGUGGAAAUUCUGCAAUUGAUCUUCCUCCAUAGUCUGGAGAUCAAUCUUCCACGGGCCUCGCCACAUCUCGCCCGUGCCUUGUCCAACCCCGUUCUGUAUACAUGGCUGAUCCGGCUUGUCUUUAGCAGCACCAACCCGGGCUCCCGCGAGAGCUUCUUUACCCCGGACUUCCUGCCCCCACCCCUCGAUUUCUGGAGUUUGUCCUGGGAGAAGCGGCAGCAGCUCCAGACUGAUAUUCUUGCGUGUCGCUGGUGCACAUUACCGUUAAUAAGGCGGUGUCAGCGCGAAUAUGUAGCCCAUGCCGUCCGUCAGAAGUGCGCUGAUCUCGUUUUUUCGGAAUCGGACCAAGCCGUUCUAGCUGAUCUGGACUCGCGGUUCGCGAACUUGAACGAUAGUGAUCAUGCUGUCGAUGGCCAUCGUGGAAAGGGGGACUUGGUGAUCCCCGCGCAGCUCCCAGAGGCUGAGCGGCCGUCCGUGUCUCGCAGCGUCGACCGCAAAGUCGCAUUCUGGUUUCACUUCGGGGCUGUGCAGAUCCGCGAGCCGAAUGAGUUUUACUUCGAGAAUGAUCUUUUCAGGCUACCGGCCUCUGUGGUCAUCGGGCCUGGCCGGAUCCCCGACAAGCUGCUGCGGCCGCCGUGGUCAGAUGCCCAAUUCGACUUUCUGGCACUGUUGUCCACCGACUUCUAUCUAGACGAGAACGAAGGCACGGCAGAACGGUCAGAGGAAAUUACAAACAACCUGAUUCGCAGGCGCGAGAUUGAGCCCUUCCGGCGGCUGCUGCGAAUGUCGUUCCGUGCGGCGAACUGCCGCAUCCCGGGGAAGUGGCCGCUGCAGUCGUCGCAUUAUGAAAUGAUUCAGCGCCGUGGGAGAAGGCCGGCGAAUGAGAUUGCCGCCGUGAUCCUGGAUGAGCGCUGGGACGAGAUACCUGCGACGAGCAAAGAUGGUUUGAUGCGGCUCGCCGGGUCGUCAUCUGCUGCACGAGACAGCGUCUAG